CGCGCGGGCUGCGUGGAUGGAUGAGGUCAGCGCUGUGGUGUCGGGGAAUGGAAUGUGUAAGCGUAACAUUCGGAACCGGGUAACGUUCGGCGAUCGAACUCUGCGAUCGGCAGCGUUCGACGAGGGGGCAAGGCAGCCUCCCCCGCGCUGCCGCGGAUCGCCGCUGGUUGCCAUGAAUGGCUGAGAGGGGCGGGGGCUAAGAGAAGGCGGCGGCGAAGGAAGGAGGAGAGAAGAGGAGGAGGAUCUCUGGCUGGUUCCAUCCCGGGGGCCGUACACGGAGAUCGCGGAGAGAGGAAUAAAGAGCCCCCGAGUCUCGGCGCCGCUGCAGAGCCGAAGAAAGAGAAAUGCAGGGCUUCGUAAGGUUACGCUGCUCAGGCUGGAAGAUGUAAUCCCGAUGGUGCUAUCCGUGUGAACCGGGGCGGGCUGCAGGCUGCUGCUGGUUGCCGACUUGAUCCGGAGCCGGGCGUCGGGGUGUCCCUUUAAAACAAUAAUAUCUACCUAAAUAUGCAUAGCUCUAUCUGUCUGUUGGAGGAGUGUUUUGCAUGAGUUGAAGUUGCUGCCGCCGCUGCUACACCUUAAUCCUCAGCAAACACCGUGUGUGUCUGUGUGUGUGCAUGAGAGAGAGCAGGAGGGAGGGAGGGAGGAAGGAAGGGAGAGGGCGGGACAAAAUUUCUCAGUCUUGCAACAGCAGAUUUAAGGGCAAAAGGGACCUGGACUCGGUGGUUUCAUUUUCUUAGCGGCGGUCUGCUUGCCUUCUCCGGUGCCUGCGAAAGAAUUCCCAGCCUUUUCGGCAGAGCCGCGCUGGCUGCGAGGUCCCCCGCCUGCCCGGUUCCUCUCGCUCUCUGUCUGCCCCCUUCUCGCUCCCUUUCCCUCUCUUCUCUCCCCCCCCCCGCAUUGUACGAGCCAAAGAUGAAAGACAGGAGGGGAGAAAGUUAAAGAAAUCGCCCACAUGCGCUGCAUCAGUCCAAGGCUUUGGGAAAGGAAUAAAGAGAAGGUGGGAGAAGAGAGUUUAAAGUCUUUGCAGGCGGGAAGAUGGCGGACUCAAGCUGAAAGUGUCGAUUGGCAAACUUGGGCAAUCUUUGUGUUUAUUUACAAUCCUCUUGACCCAGAUAGGACACAUGCAGGCCAAAAAACGCUAUUUCAUCCUGCUCUCUGCUGGCACUUUUGUCGUCCUUUUGUUUUACUUGGGAGGCGUGCAGUUCAAAGCAUCCAGAAACCAAAGCAGGCGAGAAGCUCACAGUAGCAGGAAUGGCUUGCAGCAGACCAGCCCCGAGCACUACUGGCCCCGAUUCCCGGACGCUCUGCGCCCCUUCGUUCCUUGGGAUCAACUGGAGAACGAGGAUUACAACGUGCACACUUCCCCCCGGCAGAAGCGCGAUGCCAACGCCAGCGUCUACAAAGGCAAGAAGUGCCGCAUGGAGUCUUGCUUUGAUUUCACCCUUUGCAAGAAAAACGGAUUCAAGGUCUAUGUCUACCCGCAGCAGAAAGGGGAGAAAAUAGCCGAAAGUUACCAAAACAUCCUCGCCGCCAUCGAAGGCUCUAGGUUUUAUACUUCCGACCCCAGCCAAGCCUGCCUGUUUGUCCUCAGCUUGGAUACCCUAGACAGGGACCAGCUGUCCCCCCAGUAUGUACAUAACCUGCGGUCCAAAGUGCAGAGUCUCCACUUGUGGAACAAUGGUAGGAAUCAUUUAGUUUUUAAUUUAUAUUCUGGCACCUGGCCCGACUACACUGAAGACUUGGGCUUUGACAUUGGCCAGGCCAUGUUGGCUAAAGCCAGCAUCAGUACUGAAAACUUCAGGCCGAAGUUUGACGUUUCUAUCCCGCUCUUUUCUAAAGAUCACCCGAGGACAGGAGGGGAGAAGGGCUUCCUGAGGUUUAACACCAUUCCUCCCCUCAGGAAGUACAUGUUGGUGUUCAAGGGGAAAAGGUACCUGACUGGGAUAGGGUCAGACACCAGGAAUGCCUUAUAUCAUGUCCAUAAUGGGGAGGAUGUUGUCCUCUUGACCACUUGCAAGCAUGGAAAGGACUGGCAAAAGCACAAAGAUUCACGGUGCGAUAGAGACAACGCCGAGUAUGAAAAGUAUGAUUAUCGUGAAAUGCUGCACAAUGCCACUUUCUGUCUGGUCCCCCGUGGCCGGAGGCUUGGAUCCUUCAGGUUCCUGGAGGCCCUGCAGGCUGCCUGUGUCCCUGUGAUGCUCAGUAAUGGAUGGGAGUUGCCAUUCUCCGAAGUGAUUGAUUGGAAUCAAGCUGCCGUCAUAGGGGAUGAGAGAUUGUUAUUGCAGAUCCCUUCUACAAUCAGGUCUAUCCAUCAGGAUAAAAUCCUAGCACUUAGACAGCAGACACAGUUCUUGUGGGAGGCUUAUUUUUCUUCGGUUGAGAAGAUUGUAUUGACCACACUAGAGAUUAUUCAAGACAGAAUAUUUAAACACAUAUCGCGUAACAGCUUAAUAUGGAAUAAACACCCUGGAGGGUUAUUUGUUCUGCCACAGUAUUCGUCAUAUCUGGGAGAUUUUCCUUACUAUUACGCUAAUCUAGGUGUCAAGCCCCCAUCCAGAUUUACCGCCGUUAUCCACGCAGUUACUCCUUUAGUUUCUCAGUCACAGCCUGUGCUGAAACUCCUGGUUGCUGUUGCCAAAUCCCAGUACUGUGCCCAGAUCAUUGUCUUAUGGAAUUGUGAUAAACCCCUUCCUGCCAAGCACCGUUGGCCUGCCACUGCUGUGCCUGUCAUUGUCAUUGAAGGAGAGAGCAAGGUUAUGAGCAGUCGUUUCCUGCCCUAUGAAAACAUUGUCACGGAUGCGGUUCUCAGCCUCGAUGAGGAUACGGUGCUUUCAACCACUGAGGUGGAUUUUGCCUUUACGGUUUGGCAGAGCUUUCCAGAGAGGAUUGUAGGCUACCCGGCCCGCAGCCACUUUUGGGACAACACCAAGGAGAGGUGGGGCUACACUUCAAAAUGGACUAAUGACUAUUCCAUGGUAUUGACCGGAGCUGCUAUUUACCACAAAUAUUAUCACUACCUGUACACUCAUUACCUGCCUGCCAGCCUGAAGAACAUGGUGGACCAACUGGCCAAUUGUGAGGACAUUUUAAUGAACUUCUUGGUUUCAGCUGUGACAAAAUUGCCUCCAAUCAAAGUAACACAGAAAAAACAGUACAAAGAGACCAUGAUGGGACAGACUUCCAGGGCUUCUCGCUGGGCCGACCCAGACCACUUUGCUCAGAGGCAGAGCUGCAUGAACACUUUUGCCAGCUGGUUUGGCUAUAUGCCGCUGAUCCACUCUCAGAUGAGGCUCGACCCUGUGCUCUUUAAAGAUCAAGUCUCCAUCCUGAGGAAGAAAUAUCGAGACAUUGAACGGCUUUGAGGAGCCCUGCCGAGGGGGAAGAGAGAACCGGACUGUCCACAUAGCCCAGUGCAAAUCCACUGACUCUUUUGGAGCCAAGAACAAAAACUCACCACAGUCCAAUGGGAAAGCCAACUCGUGUUGGCUCCCAAAGGAAACUUAUUGUGCUGGACUGCUUCAAGCCACCUCACGGGCUGCAGGUCGCUCAAGACUAGGUUGUGUACAGUUUCAUUAUGGAACAUUAAAUAAUUAUUUUUUUGAAAUGAUUGCUAUGCAGGUUUAAACUUUUUUAAUGAUCAAAAAAACCUAUUAAAAACAGAGUUCUUUCUUUAA